AUGUUCUCCUGUGGGAUGUUGGGGUGUGUGUGUGUCAAGGAACGCGGCUCCGGCAUCAAAUCCGUGCUCGCGCGAAUUGCAUUCCCAUGCAGGGUAACGGCGCUGUUCUCCUAUCUCCCUCCCUCCCGUGGCCAGCCCGCAGCCUCUCUCUCUCUCGACAUGAAUGAACGCGCCACGGAAUGCGGCCUGGUGACGUGCCCGGCGCCGACUUGA